CUAAGCAUAUUGCUCUGUGUCAUUAGUACUUGAAUCAGUUAUCUCUCUGUUAAGUACUGAGCCGCGGCUGGGGCAGUCAGGGCGGGAAAGCACUUUUGUACACAGGAUACCUUCGUGCAUCUUUUUUGGAUAAAGGAGAACAAUGGGCAACUGUCUUGGGAUUGACGUCGAAAGCAAAUAUGAGACAGGAAAAGCGCAUGCCGACGAGUCACACAGGCACGCCGCGGAGGAGGCUGCAUGUCUUCUGUAUGGCUCUAUGAGCUACUGUACUUGGAUACUGCUCUACCUUGAGUGCCGCAGCCUUAAGGAUGCGGACGUAUUCAGCAAGUCUGAUCCGGUUGGCAUCCUCUACGAGAAAAAGGAGGGCGGACACUGGGUGGAGGCCGGGAGGACCGAAAUGGUUGCCAACUCACUCAACCCCAAGUUCGUGGAGCCAUUUAAGGUCCUCUUUAACUUCGAGCGCCGGCAAGAAUUCAAGCUCGUAAUCGUGGACAUUGACAAAGGGCAAGACCCACGGACCGUCUCGCCUGAUAGCUGCGGAUUUCUGGGCGGCUGUGAGUUCCAGCUCAGCGAGGUCAUCACGGCAAGCGGCAAGAAGCUGCAGCGCUCCCUGCGGAAGCGUGACCGGCAAACCAAGCCCUGCAAGUCAACAGCAUUGCUGGUUGCUGAGGAGGAGACAACAAGCAAAGAUGUGUACAGGGUCACGCUGGCAGCGGCCAACCUGAAGAACCCCGAGACUUUGGGCAGGCUCGAUCCGUUCCUCCAGAUAAGCAGGAUGCAGGACGAUGGCACCACGCUGCUGCCCGUCUACAAGACCAAUGUGCGGAUGAACAACGUGUGCCCCACGUGGGAUGAGAUUGUCGUACGGUCCACCCAGCUAAACAACGGUGACAAGCUCCGCCCGCUCCGUCUACAGGUGUUUGACCACAAGGCCUCUGGGGCCCACCGGCUACUGGGCCAGUGCGAUCUCUCCACGGAGCGCAUGCAACAGCAUGGCGCGAGCGGAGGAGUGGUCGCCCUGCAGCCUCCGCCUGGCAAGCCGCCCGGCGACUACGGCACCUUGCAGGUUGUUUCCUUCUCCGUGCAGCAGCAGCCCACCUUUGUGGACUACCUGGCUGGCGGCACGGAGAUUGGAUUCAUGGUGGCUGUGGACUUCACGGCGAGCAACGGGGACCCCCGCUUGCCCGAGUCCAAGCACUAUUAUGCAGCUGGCCCGACCCAGUACGAGCGGGCCAUCAUGGGUGUUGGCCACGUCUUGGAGCACUACGACCAUGACAAGGUCUUUCAGGCUUACGGCUUCGGCGGCAGGCACCGGAACAACCCCGCAAACCACUGCUUCCCCAUGGGCACGUUGCCAGACAGCAAUUGCAUUGGUAUCAACGGCCUGCUGCAGGCUUACAGGCAGGCACUCGGCAUAUGGACCCUGUCCGGGCCCACCCUGUUCGCCCCGGUGGUGCGCAAGGCGGCUGCCGCAGCUCGGGCGACAGUGGGCUCCAAGCCCCCCAAGUACACGGUGCUGCUCAUCCUGACAGACGGAGCCAUCAUGGACAUGGAGGACACUGUGAACGCCAUCAUCGAGGCCUCCUCGCUGCCGCUCUCCAUCCUCAUCGUGGGUAUUGGCAACGAGGACUUCGGCAAAAUGGACAAGCUGGACAGCGACAGGUCGCUCCUCAGCAACGGCGUGCACCGGGCAGCACGUGACAUUGUCCAGUUUGUGGAGUUUGAGAAGCACGCGGGUGACGGCGCCCGGCUGGCUGCGCAGCUGCUGGCGGAGCUGCCGGGACAGCUGCUGGGCUACAUGAGGACGAACAACGUGCACUGCCCUCCGCCUUUGACAACCUCGCCCACCAUGGGAAGGUGCCCAACCCCGAUGUCACCGGAGGCUCCGGAGCCGACCGCCACACCACUGUCGCCAGCGGAGAAGGGCGCAUGCAUGUCAAGCGCAGCGGCAGUUCUGCCAACGGGCGGAGUCAUGCCUGCACCGCCUCCGCCGCCCGCACCGCCACCGGUUGCACGUUUGUCGCCGGAAGCACCACCGCCAGCACCGCUACCACCGGCCAAGCCGCAGGAUGUGCCUUUGCCCCCAAGCGCGUUCGCCAUGCGUGGGACGCCGUUUACUUACCCGUCUGCUUACCCGUCGCCACCCCAGCUGCCAUCCGUUAAUCCGGUACUCGGUCAGCCGGUCACAUACAACGGCGUUCCGUGCUAUGGCGGUAAAUCUUAAAUUGCAUUUGUUUGGCGAUACAGCAUUUUGUUUUGGGUUGGAUUGGCGCAGGAAACGACAGGCGAUUAGGUGGAUGUUCCGCCUGGUCUGAGUGCAUGCAUUGCAUGUUAUGUACGACGCAGUUGCUAAGACGUAUGCCAUGUAGUCUUGUAAACAUGUGUACGGGGUUUUGCUUCUUUCCCUGGAGGAUAACGACGGUGCAAAUAUAUUGGGGCGUGUGGUUGAUAUCGGCCAUGGUUGGAUGUGUUUUGUGCUCCAUGAAAGCUUAAAGUUUGCAAGGGAAGGGAAGGGGGCUUGGUAUUGUGAUGUUACGACCGCCGGCUGGGGUUUUGGAGUUGCACUUACAGAACUGUCUGCAUCUUUUCUUCCUCUUAUCUAUCUUCAUCCUUAGUCUGUAUUUAACGUCGCAAUGGCACGUAGCUAUGCUAUCAUAUACAUACUUGCUAGUCUGCUUGGAUACGGCGGGAGCCCGUUGCAUGCAUGCCAUGCAAGCCGCCCCCAGGCAACACCAUGCAAUGCACAGUGCUCCUUCCUAACGCCGGGAUGCCAUUGAUGCACCUUUGUGGCUUUUGUGUCUUCGCGAACCGGACAGUGGCUUUCACGCUGCAAUCAUGGAAGUAUUGGUCAUCGCAAAACGCCGAUUUUGGCAUUGCAGUGGUUGUGGCUCUUGCAUGGUGCUGAGGAACAAUGAUGAUGCUUGAUGAGCUCCCUGGGGGGCUUUGGACUUGUGGCAGUCGCACUCAUGAGGCAGUGCCUGGCAACCGUUACAGUCACCUGGUUUUGCUGACGCCUACGGCCCUGGACUUCUUCGCAAGGUGUACGGAUGUGCAUGGUUGUCCGUCGGGCUUAGCCUUCUUGGGAGAGCCUUUGUUUGCUAUCUUUUGCUUAUGUUUAUCGCAUCUCCGUGUAUGCAGAGAACCUGCCCUUUUUAUGAUUUCUUCAGGGAGUUGGUCUUUGUAGCGCUCUGCCUGUUGCAGGGGUCGUGUUUAGAGAGUCGCGUUGCCCGUAUUUGAGGCAACGCUUUGGAGGCCAUCUCGCCCUCAUGGGUUUCCUCUGUGUCAAGAGGGCCCUGUGGCAACUUAGAAGGGAGAUCAUGUCCCAACUGGGGAACAAUAAUAUGUCGGUGUACGGCAACAGUCCCGCAUGCAGUGCGUGUCCUGAGCAGGC